AUGGCCUUCAGUACGUUUGAUGGCUUCCGCAGGUAUCAGAUGAUGUCAAAGAAACGAAGAUGGUAUGAAGAUAGUUAUUUGGACUACGGGUUCACAUAUCUUGUCAAGGACGGUGCACACAUCCCUCAGUGUGUUGUGUGUUUGAAAACCUUCUCUAAUAGCAUCAUGAAACCUUUCCAACUGAAGCAGCAUCUGGCAAAUGCUCAUCCACAGUUGAAAGAUAAGAAUCGUAGCUUUUUUGAGGUAAAGUUAUCCAGCUUGAAGAGGAUAAAGGUGGAUGCAUCUUGGACGUAUCAGCAAACCAACAUCAGCAUAGUGAAGGCUUCAUAUGUGAUUGCCCUUCUGGUUGCCAAGGCAAAGAAACCCCACACGAUCGGUGAAAGCCUUUUAAAACCAUAUAUCGUUGACAGUGUGAGGUUUGUGUUAGGAAAGGAGUCAUCACAGAAGAUGAAACAGAUCUCCUUGUCCUACAACAUCAUCAAGAACAGAAUUGCAGAAAUGUCUGAAGACAUUAAGGAAAAUGUGGUGUCAAAGAUAAUGUCAUCGCCCUUUUUUCCCUUCAAAUUGAUGAGUCUACGGAUGUUACCAACAUUGCAUAACUGCUUGUUUUUGCCGCUACAUAACUGA